AUGGAGCUCGCUCUUCCCGUCAAAAUCGAUACAGGAACCAAAAAGGAAUAUGCGUUUGAUAUACCUUCCAAAUGCAAAGCAAACGUGACCAAUCGGUGCAACCUCAAAGUUGUCAGAACAGUAUUUGACAAUCUAAACGAUUCACAUCAAGAUCGAUUUGCAGAGUCUUGCUUCCUGCCACUAAUAAAUAUUACCGAGAUCAUAUUGUCCUCCCAAAUAGUCCACCAAGUACUUCGUAGGACAUUGAAAGCAUCCGAAAAUGACAAAGAUGCCGUGUGGUUCAGAUUUGGGGAAAAAGAAGCUAGAUUCGGGUUACAAGAGUUUUCUCUUGUAACCGGAUUUAAGAUUGCGGCGGAUGAUGAAAAUGCGUACGAGGUCCCCAAAAAUAACAGUUCGCUUUUGCAACUGUUCAAGAAGAAGAAGGGGAAGAUCAAACGCAGUGACUUACUCGAGAAAUUUCUUACGCUGAAUAAAAAGAAAGACGCGGAGACGAAGUACAAAUUGGGACUCGUGAUUGUCUUGGAGCAUGUUGUUUUGUCUUCAGAGUGCGAGACUCUUGUAGACGAAAGAUGGUUUAAUUUAGUUGAAGAUUUAAAAAAAUUCAACAGUUAUCCUUGGGGCAACUUGUCGUAUCAGCAGACUGUAAAGUUGUUCAAGCGGACCUCUUUCGGGAAGGGAAAAAUCCAGAGUCCAUAA